ACAAACACAUGAUAAAAAGAGCACGCGACAUCUAACCUCGAAGUUGCGGAGCCUUGGAUCGGCCGGAAAGAAGUGGGCCAAGGUGAUCGAGAAUCGAACAUGCGAUCGAAAGAAAAAAAUCACAAGGUACGAGAGGACAGCCUUAUCCCACACGAUCUUACAUUACCUUUGCACGCUGAAAUGAGAUAAUAUCCGGACUCGGUGACAUCGGAAAAGGCGAGAUGAACCACGGGCCUCGUGUGUCCGCUACACGUUAGAGGUGUUUGUCGUAGAUUUGCCAUCGUGUUAUCGUUUCUUCCUUACUUACUUCUCACCGUCGUCGACGCCGCGCGUUCGUCCACGACACAGGUACUUGACUCGUUGUGUGACGUUUGACGUUUGUACGAAGAGCGAAAAGUCUCGAGCGACACCGCGACUUUAUUUCUCCGCACACGCUCACUCGACUAUUGGACCUGCCACGAACCGCCGUAGUAAGCGUACGAAGCUCGACUGGCUCGACUGACGGUCGCGGCGUCGACUGUACCGAUCGCCACGUACCGGUACCGGUGCAGUCUAGUAGAAGCGAAGACGUAAUGAAGUGGAAACGGCAAGCGAUAAGUUCGUCAUGCGCACUCGGCAUGUGACUCGCGCAUGCGUGGCCGUGCGAGGCUCGCCGCGACGAUUGACAGCGAUUGGUCGCUUUCAGUCCGAUUCUGACGUGCGCGGCGCGAGGAUGUUGAACGUUGCGGUUAGUGUCAGUGGCUGCGCUGGCGGCCGCGCUUAUCUAUAGGGUAAAAUCCGGGUGAAAGCUACUCCUUUCGCAACGGCAGUCACAAACCGUCACGCGUCUCAAAGGCUUUUAUCAAUGUCGACGUAAAAUAAGGCAUAAGACGAGGAACGCGCCGAUAUUCUCCUUUCGCGGUGGUCGCGGUAAGCCGCCGCGACGCGACGUUCACGUGUGUUUUGGCCCGAUAGACCGGUACACCGAAUCUCACAGCCUCCGAAACGAUGAGACUCCCGCGGAUGUUACUCGUCGUUGCCUACCUGCUGCGCUGUCACAUCGCUCGUUCGAUAGCCGCACCGACGAGAACGACGGAUCCGGCUUUAUUGGGUGAAGUCGCUAUUACGCUUCAAGACGACGAUGUCACAACGCAAGAGCCUUUUCUUAAAAAAUGCAUCGUAGACGGAAAUGCCUAUUCUCACAGCCAAACGAUACCAUCUUACGACACGAAUUCGCAUUGCCUAUGUGUCGUCGGCGAAGUUUACUGUUGGUGGCAGAAUUAUAAUCCGGCGACGGUGCCCCCAUCGCUCGGCUUGUCUUCCUUGCGAUCGACUGCGGUGGAGAGCAAUUAUACUUCAUCUCUAGAGAUGAGUACGGACGUUGCGGACGACUUACAAGCUUCCGGAGAUUCUGAUUCAUCGAUUGGUCAGCAAGGACAUGUAGAAAUUAAUGCCACUCUGUCGAUUACGUCUCCUGUACCGAUUACUUGCCUCGUCAUGGGGAGAGAGUAUCGACAAGGUGAGACUCUACCGCACUCGACCGGGAACUGCGUCGAAUGCAGCUGCGGCUCCGAAGGGCGCGUCGAGUGCUCACCGAGAGACUGUGUGGCAUUGCGACCUGAGAUUUUGCUCGCACCUGAUAUACCCGAGGCGCCCGACAGCGACUUUGAAGUUUUCAACUUAGCGCGGGAUCGAGGCAUCGAUGAAAGUUUCUAAAGCAUCUGGUAACGACUCAUUUGUCGAAUCGCAAAAAAACUUGUUUGCCUUUGAUUAUAGCGGCAUUAUUAACGUUAUUUAAAGAUCAACCGCUACAAAGUCAUUUAAUUGAACGCAAUUUUUAAGAUUAUUUUAAACAAGUUAAUUAAUUUUGAUUUCCAUAUGACAGGCAAAGACCGAAAAAAAGGGAAAAAAGAAAGCAAUUAUAAAUUAAUUUCAAUAAAAGAAUAUUAUAGUUUAUUGGUCAUCUCGAAUAAAAUGAACGAGAUCCACCUCAAAACUUAUCAAAAUCUUUAUUAUGAAGACUAGAAACAGGAGCAUAAAUUCGCGUGCAUUAAAUAUUAUCAUCUCAUGCAAAAAUAUCAUCGUUCAAUAAUGCUAAGCAAACUUGGGGAAUUUUGUCCGAUAAGUUCGCGUGAUGACGACAGUAAAACUUAUCUAAUUCGUACGUUUUAUCAAUUUCAUUACAUGUACAAUCUUUUAACAUGUGCGAAAGUAUAACAUUACGUUGUGUAAUUCAACACAGUUGCAUUUGUAAAUAAUCGAUUAGCUACCUAAAUUAGCAAUAUUUUUUGUUUGACUUCGUCUGCACUCUCUAGUCUUCAUGAUCUCUACAUGUAUUUUAAGUACAAGUUAAUAUUUAAAAACGAUGAAUUAUUAGAAUAUGAGAUUGUACGAGUUUGCACUUGAGGUUUAAUGUUAGAUAAUGAUUGUAAUUUUUCUUGUAGGCGCGAGAAUCGCCUUUUUCGAUCGAGGACGUGCCUUCAGUUUUUCGACUUAUACUCAAUCAAAACGUCAUUGAAGGCAUAGUCCUAGAACGUAGAAUGUCUAGUCUAGAUAUUUUCUAAAAAACCCUUAAUGAGUGAGAACAAAGAGCCUAUUUAACCAAAUUUUCUUUUUAUGUGAUAUCUGAUAUUUUUUCGAUUAUUAAUAAAUAGAUAACUUUUUCAAUGUUAAUGAGUAUACCAUGAGUAUAGAAAUUCAAUAUAUUGAAUCUCUACUUUAUCAAUUGUAAAAGGAAGAACUUAUAUUUCUAUGUAAAAUUUUUAAUAUAAUUUAUUUAUUGUUAAUUU